UUUGCUUUACUCGUGAUAAUCGUACAGCAAACGUGCGAUCGAACAACCGAUUGCUUGGUAAAUUUUUCGGUCUAAUUAGUUUGAACUAAUUGUAUGUAAAAAACACAAGUGUUUGAGAACUGUUCACGUAGUAUUACUGUUUAAGUCGGAUAAGCAACAAAUCUUAUAAAGCGAUUGGCGAUUAGUAAAUAGAUAUCUAAUCGAGUUGCACAAGGAUGCGGUGUACGUCUCACGUGCGUCACGUUACCAAGGGAUCUUUCCAACUUCAACUCCCUCCCUUCUUACACAAGGAAAACCCGCGAAACCUAGUUCCGGUUAAAUUCAAUUUUCUAUUUGAUCAAAAUUGACACAUUAAAAUGUGGAGUCAAAUUUCACGAGGUUACAACACUCUAAUGAACGAUUACAGUGAUCCCAGGGUUAAGGAUUGGUUCCUAAUGAGCAGUCCUUUGCCUACAUUAAUCACGUGUUUGUCAUACGCGUUUAUUGUCAAAGUGUUAGGACCAAGAUUGAUGAGAGAUCGGAAACCAUUCCAACUUAGAAAAACCUUGAUCAUCUAUAACUUUUUACAAGUGAUAUUUUCUGCUUGGAUCUUCUGGGAGGCCUGGGACGCGGCUUGGGGUCGAGGCUAUAGCUUAAGAUGUCAACCAGUUGAUUACUCGACAUCUCCCGAAGCCAUGAGGGUAGCACGUGGUUGCUGGUGGUAUUAUUUUUCUAAAUUUACGGAAUUCUUUGACACUUUCUUUUUUGUCAUGCGAAAAAAAUAUGAUCAAGUGUCUACGUUGCACGUCAUUCACCACGGCGUUAUGCCAAUGAGCGUGUGGUUCGGCGUUAAAUUCACACCAGGUGGUCAUAGUACAUUCUUUGGUUUACUCAACACAUUUGUACACAUUAUCAUGUAUACGUACUAUAUGCUAGCUGCCAUUGGACCUCAAAUGCAAAAGUACUUAUGGUGGAAAAAAUAUCUAACUUUAUUACAAAUGGUUCAAUUUAUAAUGGUGUUUGUUCACGCAUCCCAACUAUUAUUCAUUGAUUGUGACUAUCCAAAAGCAUUUGCUUGGAUCAUCUUAUUGCACGCUGUUAUGUUUUACUUCUUGUUCUCUAAUUUUUAUAAACAAUCAUACAAAAAGAGAGACGACAAGGCCAAAGCUGCUCAAAAGAAAAAAUAUGCUGGAAAUACAGCCAACGAAAUUUACACCAAAGAAAAUAAUGUUCCGAAACAGGUGUCUGGACAACAGAAAUCAUUCUGGUCCAAUAUAUCUUCAACACCUUGUUUCCUUCCAGCAGUUACUGAUGGCGAUUCCAGUGAAGAGAUAUUCAGAGGACCAGCAUACUCCAACCCUAUUGAAGGUACACCUCAAACAGCGUUUUUGUCUGGUGAAUCUUCGAUGAGAAAUAGAGCAUUUGUAUCAAAAUUAAGCGAUUCUUCGUGAUUAUUUAAACAUUUUCAAUGGUCAAUUCCUUUCACCAACAUUUUUACGAUACAUAUUUCUACGUAUCUCCUAAGUGAAAUAAUUAAGAACCCGUGUAUAUUUUUUUUAUUUUGCCGCCGUCAGUUAUCUUUUUCGACUGACUAUUUUUGUACAAAAAUUAUUGUUUUCUUUUUAUCUUCUCUUCAUAAUUUUUUUAUUUAUACUUAUGUGUAACAUUUAACUGUACGGCGGUAUAUCACACCGUACCGCGGUUUACUAUUAAUAUUAUUAUAUUUAUUAUUUGUAAGUUAAAAUUAUAAGGCUAUUAUUUUUAGCAUAUUAUAUUUUAAAAAAAUCCAAAAAUAGUAUAGCAGAGUUUUUUUAGUUAUAUUUAAAAAGAAUUAAAAAAGUAUAAAUUUCGUAGUGUAUGUAAUAUAAUGUUUAAAUUGUUGUGUAUUAAAUCUUUGAGUGUACAUGGGCAAAAUAUCCCUUGAAUUUGUGUUCAUUACUAUUUCAUAAAAAGUAUAUUUUAUAACACUAUAAUUUUUGUAGAAUUUGUACGAUAUUAUUUGAAAUUUUUAAAAAUAUACAUUUUUUUUGAUAAUAAAUUUAAUUAAAAAUUGAAUAGGGUACAUAGAUCAAUAGUGUAUCCAUUAAAAUAUAAUAAUUAGUUAUUGGUUAUUAGUAUAUACAAAUAUACUUUAAUAGAUAUACCAAUGAUAAGUUUAUAAAUGAAUAUCAUUAUAAUAGUUUAAAUAUAACCCUUGAGCUUGUGAUACUGGUAAAAUUGGGUUUUAUUUAACUCAUUUGUACAUUACAAUCAGUAUAAAUUUAUAAGUAUAUCAAUGUAUGUAUAUAUUUAAUUGAAAUACUUAUAACGCCCUAUACCUCUUGCCUUAUAUAUUGAAUAGUGUCAUAGUAAAAAUUAUUUGUGUUAAAGACUUAAUUGUACGUAUUUUUAAGAAAAUACCUAUAUUAAUAAAAAUUAGAUUCAUUUAUAA